AUGGCGGCCGGAAAUACUGAGCUCCCGUCAAAGCAGAGCCGCCCUGGAGAAACCCAAGACACACUGCCAACACCUCACCAAUCCACAGCUAGGACAGAGCAGAACCACAAACAGCGAAACUUGGCCAACCAGCGGAACUUUCGCUCCAGACGCAAGGAGUACGUCCUCGAGCUCGAGCAGAAGGUGCGGGACUACGAGCGCGAGGGCGUCGUCGCGACGGAGAAAGUGCAGCAUGCCGCGCGGUCGUUGCAGGCGGAGAAUGCUGCGUUGCGGCAGCUGAUCCAGCAGGGAUUGGGCUGGGAUGCUGGGGCUGUUGAUCGCUAUGUCGCACAUGCGGUUAUGGGUGGUCGUGUGGAACCACUGUUACAGCCGACGACCCAAUUCCAUGCCGGACCUCAAUUACAUAUUGAGCCCAAAUGUGAGGACUAUGACUAUGCGACAUCUAGAUGGCAGGGGAGCGACUAUUACGGCAGUAGUGUACCUGCAACGAGUGAGUCGACUACGCCAGGGGAUGCGAUGUCGUGCGAAGAUGCAGCUACGAUUCUCGCCGAGUUCCGCGCGCAGGCGGUAGACCUGGAACUCAUCAAGAGAGAGCUGGGCUGCGAACCUGUGAAUGACUGCAGAUGCAGCAUAUCCCAUGGGGCGCUGUUCGCAAAGAUGGCGGACUCUAUGUGA